GGUACAAAAACGGCGCCGGCUACUGCGUCAACCUGGCGUUUGGCUUCGGCCUGAUGGACGUUCUGGCGAUGGUGGAGUUGGCCGACCCGGACACCUGGCAGCAUGUGGGUGAGCAGAAAACGUGCAAGGUCAGCGCGGUCAAGAGCACCCAGUUCCCACAAACGCUGAAUGCCAGACACCAAGUUGAGAUUGAGUUUACGACUGACGGCUGUGAGGGUCAAGAGAACGAGAUCAACUUCUUGGAGCACGUGCAGGUUGUCAUUGAUCUUGACUAUUCACGGAGAGGAAACAUUUACGCUGAGCUGGAAUCUCCUAUGGGCACUGUGACGCCUGUGAUGCUGGAGCGGAAGUACGACAGCUCAUCAAAGGGCUUCAAGCAGUGGUCGCUGAUGAGCGUGCACACUUGGGGGGAGAACCCAGAGGGUACCUGGAAGUUCCGGGUCGCCGACAGGUCAAACGAAAGCUCCAAAGGCAAGCUGAACAGCGCUGAGCUGGUUCUCCACGGCACUACGGAACAGCCUGAAUAUCGCAAGGACAACCCCAAGGUUUGCGGAGCUCCCACAGAAAUAGCGACCGAUGACAAUAGCCAUGAGGUGGAGCAGACCAUUGGGAAGCUGCAGAGUCUACUCAACACUGAGAACGGAGCACAGAAUGCUUAUGUGGAAAAUGCUUUGGAAAACAUCAUAGACAAAGUUGAAGAAGCUAAACAACCGACUACAGAAAGCUCAUAUAGUCAGCAAAGUGUAUUGGGAGAAAUUCUUAGAAAACUUAUAUCUUCUCAGUAA